UUUCAUAAUCAAGGUGCGGCUUCGCUCAACAGGUGUUUGAGUCAGGGCUUCUCUGAUUUUUAUUAACAUUUUAAACUUAUUUUUUAUGAUUUUGACCGAUUCAUAAUCAAAAGGUUGCUGAAACCGAGCCAAAUUUGGAAACGAGUAAGUUAUUUGCUAAGCAGGUUUAGUUUUUAAACUCAUUCUGAGAAGAUGGCACAUAAAGGACUGCAACUACUAGGGUUUACUCUAUCGUUGCUGGGGUUGAUUGGGCUCAUUAUUGGCACAAUCAUGCCCCAGUGGAAGAUGUCUGCUUACGUUGGAGAUAAUAUAAUCACAGCUAUUGCGAUGUACCAGGGCCUUUGGAUGUCGUGCGCUUAUCAGAGCACCGGCCAACAGCAAUGCAAGGUGUAUGACUCCGUCCUACAACUCGACAGUGCUCUCCAGGCAACUCGUGCCCUGAUGGUUGUAGCAAUUCUUCUUACAGUAGUUGGACUGGGUGUGGCCAGCAUGGGCAUGAAGUGCACUAACUGUGGUGGUGAUGACAAGGUCAAAAAGUCCCGCAUUGCCAUGACAGGCGGUAUAAUCCUCUCUGUUGGAGCCCUCUGUAGCAUUGUUGCCUGUGGCUGGUUUACAAGUCAAAUUAUCAGGGAUUUCUACAACCCCUUCACACCUGUCAAUACAAAGUAUGAAUUUGGUGCAGCUAUUUUCAUCGCCUGGGCUGGUGCAUUUCUCGAUAUAAUGGGUGGAGGCAUGUUGGCCUCUUCUUGCUCAAAGGGUCAAUCAUCUUCUUACCCCAAGUCAUCCAGACCCGUCAAGUCCUCCAGACCACCCAGCAGCAGCAAGGAGUAUGUUUGAGCCAAUUGUUCACGAGCUGGAAAGGACAUGAUCAAUCCCAGAGCAUGGGUAGAAGUUUGCCCAGUCAGCUGAUAUGAGAUCUGUUUAAUUUUGUUUGUGUUUGACUAUAGAUAGAAAAGAACAGCUCAGAAAGGUAUUUUGGCCAACUUUUACUUGUGUUCCGAUACAGCAGCCCACCACAAAUGGUCACUACUUUCUUUUGGUUAGCUCCUUGUUCCAACUUCCCCCACCCCCCAUUAUAAAAUGUGAGUUCGCAAAGGGGCUUCUUCCCCAGAGUCUUCCUCAUUUCAGAUUACUGUCAUGUUUAGUGAACAUGAAAGAGGGAGAUCUGCUCAGGGAAAAAUCAUCACUCGUACUGCUCGGCUACACCACAUCUCUGCUUCCAGCUGUUAAACCCAUGACUUGAUCUCAUCUGCCUUGCUUGCAUCAUUUUAUGAACUGUGCCAGGCACUGAGGUGCUUAUGAACAAUUAAUGCAUGUAUUACAUUUUUAAAGCCAAGGAUUACACGCAAAUAACCUGGUUCACUAUGCAGCAUUUUUAUCUGUCGGGUCCCCAUGCCAACUUUAAGUGAAGUUUCACUUUCUUUUGAAAUGAAGUACUGAAUUACCAAACUGCUCUAAGAGAACUCAUUUAUGGUACACUGAAAAAAAAAGUUUCAUUGAAUUUACGAAAAAAAAAAUUGAUUAUAUGGGCUGAGUUUAAACAAACAAAUUCAACUUAAUUUAAAUUCAGCCCUUAUAAAUUGUUUGCAACCACCUACCUUAAAAUGAGCAAAUCCAAUGAAUAUUGUUUAAGCUAAUGAAGCUAUAGAUUAAAACUUUAGAUGGAAAAAUAAAGAUUGAUUUGGUUUAGAUGAGGCUUGACAUGAAGCACUAAAAUCAAGUUGCUCUUUCUUAUGCAACAUGAACCUUUUCAUUUGCUGUUGUUCUUUGUGUUGAGUGUAGACCUCGGUUUAUGUGCCCAUUUAGGAAGCUAAUGUUACAACAUGCUUUUGUUUUUAUACACUCCAUUAAUUGGUCACAAGAAAAAAGCUGUGAAUAUUGGCUUAGUCUAAUCACUGCUGGUUACAACUAUUUUUAUAUUACUGUAAAACUUUUUUUUCUCCCUCUCCUCUGUUUUUUUUUUUAUUUUGCUUUGGUCUGUGCUUGAACCAUUUGAUGUGGGUUGCACUCAAGUCUACUUAGGAUAGAGUCACGUGAAUGUCUGUGACUAGCUUAUGCAAAUAUUUAACUUUUUAAAAUGUUUUCGACUUUUAAAGUUUGCAAUUAUAAAAUUUUGUAAAUAAAUUUUUUAAACCGA